CCGCUCUUGCUCCGGCGUUGACGCUGACUUCGCUCCCGGCAGAGACCAAGGUGUACGUGGGGAACCUGGGCACGGGCGCGGGCAAAGGUGAGCUGGAGAGAGCCUUCAGCUACUACGGGCCCCUGAGAACCGUGUGGAUCGCCAGGAACCCGCCGGGGUUCGCCUUCGUGGAGUUCGAAGACCCGAGAGAUGCUGAGGAUGCUGUUCGUGGACUUGAUGGGAAGGUAAUAUGUGGCUCCAGGGUUAGAGUGGAAGGGUCCCCCGGGGUCUCCCGUUAUGACAGGCCUCCUGCACGGCGCCCCUUUGACCCUAAUGACCGCUGCUAUGAGUGUGGUGAGAAAGGCCACUAUGCUUAUGAUUGCCACCGCUAUAGUCGUCGAAGGAGGAGCAGGUCCCGGUCUAGAUCCCGUUCCAGGUCCCGAGGAAGAAGGUAUUCUCGGUCACGCAGUCGGAGCCGUGGUAGGAGGUCCAGGUCAGCUUCCUAUCGUAGGUCCCGGUCUGUUUCUCCUCGUAGGUCUAGGUCUUUGUCCCCCCGCCGGUCCCGAUCGGGUUCCUUGAAGAGAUCAAGGUCUAGAUCAAGAUCCAGAUCUAGAUCCAGAUCUGUUACAUGGCCCCGAAGCAGGUCUAGGUCUCAUGGCAGAUCAAAAUCUGGCUCGCCAGCUAAGAGUCGGUCAAAGUCACGAUCACCAUCUCCAAAGAGAAGUCGUUCACCAUCAGGAAGCCCUCAAAGAAGUGCAAGUCCUGAAAGAAUGGAUUAAAGUUAUGAAGUUACUCUUUUAGGAAGAAAAUUAUUUUGCUUACAUUAUUAUAAGGGAUUUUGUGGUGUCUUUGUAAAUGUAAGAAUGUAGAUAGAAGAGUAUAUCAACUAAAAUUUGGCGUGAUCUGGGUCUUCUGAGUUAGUCACACCAAUAGACUAGCACAGGUCUCUUUUUAUUGUAUGAAUUAACUUCCUAUGAUACAAAAAUGUGGGACUUUUUUAUUGGCACAUUGAAAUAAAAUGUGUAUUUUUAAC